AUGGAAGAAAAGUUUGUGGAUUCAACUGUAAAACUUACUGAGAAGGUGAAACUGGAAAGUGUAUAUCCAAAAAAGCAGAUAAUCCAGGCAUCCUGGAUGAAACAUAAUGUAACUCAUAAAGAAAAUACAGCUGUCUUGCAUCUCUGCUAUGGUAUACAUGUUGAAGACAAAUACAGUGGAAGAAUUUAUUUUGAAAACGCUUCCAUGGAAGGCAAGUCCUUAUCCUUCACCAAGGGCACUUUGCAGGAUGCUAGUGUUUACUUUUGCUCCAUCGUAAUUUACUGAGAUGGAAUCUGGGAAAAGGUUGUAGAAAAUAUUCUGCCAGCAAAUGUUUUUGAAAUAUCUCAGAAACAAAACAAUCUUGUGUUUACCAAGCCAGGAGGAAACGUUGCUUUUACUUGCCUUUAUAAAAUUGGAGAUUCAGUGCAGCAAGUGAUGUGGGAAAGGAUUAAAGCAGAUUGGGUAGAUGUUGUUCAGUGCAGCUCAUUAGGAAAGCAAAGCUUUGGUUCAGAUUUCAAAAAGUGUACACUGGUGGAUUGCUAUGAUCAGGACUCCAAGACUGUCAUCCAAAACAUUACAGCCUCUGACUUUCCAACUUGCCGCUGAGUAGCUACUGGAAGAAACAAAACCUGUGUGAUGGGUUUUACUGUGGCUGCAACUUGGGAUCACAAAUGGCAUAUCAUCAACAUAGCUGGAGGAAUUUCUGCUGUUGUCUUACUGUUAGUUUUUCUACUGAUCUGCAUCACCACUGCUUAUAGAAAAGAAAAGAAGAGGAAGAGGAUCACAUAGGCCUUCUCAAAUUAUUUGUAUUCUACUCAGAUGCAGCCUGCUUACAGUUAUAGAAAUUCUAAUUUUCAUGGCACAUGGAACACAGGAAGAAGAGAAGAAUCAUCCCUUGGGCAGACAGAGAAGAUUUAUGUCAACUCCAACAAUGUCUAA